GAUUUUUAGUUGUGUACACACUUUUUCCUCAGGCAACCAACAAAAUCUGCGCUUGCAAUUUAACUAAAAAUAAAAGUUUAAAAAAUCAAUAAAUAUGUUGGGCCGCAGCAGUGUAAUUGCACGCAAUUUCUCCCAGUCGAUGGUGCGCUACAGCGGCCAUGGUGGUGUUCCCGGUGAGAACCUGCCCUUCGGACUGCAUAACAAAUAUAGGAUCACCGCGCUGUUCACCAUCGGCUGUGUUCUGGGCUUCGGCUCCCCCUUCCUGAUCGUCAGGCACCAGCUGUUGAAGAAGUAAGUGGCCACAGCAGCCCCACAAAAGCCACGGCAGCAACAACAACAACAACAUGCAAAAAAUGUAAGGUUAGUUUUAUCAGCCAAUUAUUGAUCGGAAAUUUCAGUAUUGAUGAUCAAUUGCAGAUUACGUUGUUGUUUGUUGUAGCCGCAGUAUCGUACAUUGUGCUACAGCUUUAAAUUAAGUCAAAAGUUUAAACGUAAUAAAGUUGCCCAAAAACUAAAGACCGAAA